AGCUUUCGCUUCUGCCCCUCGCCGGAGCUCCAAGAAACAAGAACCCAUCAUCCCCACCUCCACUGCGCAGCGCCCACCGCCUCUGCUCUCGAGUGUCCCAGCGCCGGCGACAGAUGGAGCAAUUCCAGGACGGCCACCACGUGCGGCUUCGGUGCCGCGAGCACGGCAUGUACCUGCACGCCGACAAGGACGGCCGUGGAGUCUCCCUCCGCCGGCCCCGGGCGUCGAUGAACGCGGCGUGGGCAGUGCACCUGUACCAAGAAGAUGACGAUGUCCAGUACGUGCUCCUCCACAGCGCCGCCUAUGGCGGCUACCUGGCGGCCAUGGACGCACCGGCGCCGCUAGGCCACCGCGGGCGCCGCGUCGAGCAGCGCGACUACGAGGAACUGGAGGAGGAGGCCGUCAGGUGGCGGCCCGUCAGGAUCGUGCCCGGGGACUACAUCCUGCUCCGCCACGCCAGCGGCCGCUUCCUCCGCGCCAACGGGAAGUUCCUCCCCUGGAACAACGGCGCCAGCGUCGUCGACACCGUCAGCACGAUGACGCACUGGGUCGUGGAGCGCAUCCCCGCCAGGGAGGGCAUGCCUGAGCUCCCCCUCGCCGGAGGCCUCGACAUCCUGUUGCCGCGGCGGUGGGUCGUGUACGCCUCGGCGGGCGCCGAUGGGGGCCCCGCCUUCUGGGCUACGUUGGAGUUCAAGGGGAGGUCUGUGUUCCGCCUGAGGAGCGAGCUGGCCAGCGAUAUAGGCAUCGGCAUGGGCGACCUCGCCAUGUGCGUCCAGGCGGGCAUUAACGGGCGGCCUACCCCACUCGUCGUCAACCUACCCCGUGGCACGCGGACCCUUUACAUCGUCGUCGUCCCAGCCCAUGUCGAGCUGUGGUACCCGGAUGUCGGUGCAGAGUAGAAAAGGAGAAGAGCAGGACUCCCGACCGCCGCCUUGGACACGAUGACAUGAGAACCCAGAACUGCAUUUUGCAUUGAGAUAUAGGUUUAGGAAAACCCCAGUAGCUCUUGUGAUUCUGCUAGCUGAAACUGAUUCAUUUUCCAAACAGGAGGAACAUGACUGUUUCACCCGGCCCUUGUGGUUCUGAACUUGAGAACCUCUGUGAACAUUGGUUCGUAAUGGUCGCUUUCUUA